CCGGCAUAAGCGCUCAGUAGCUGUGUGUGUGCGAGAGAGAGAGAGACUGACAUAGACAGAGACAGACAAAAGAGAGCAGAGAAGGGACUGUAUCUAUAUAUCCAUAUAUACUCUCCCUUUGUAUACAAAAAGCAGCAGUACUAGCACAUGUAUCCCAACAAAAUCCACUUUCCAUUUUUCCCAAUACAUUUUGCUCACUUCUCUCUCUUGAAAAACUGGAAAGUUGAAGAAAAUGAUUGGGGAUCAACACAUGGAGGAGAUGCAUUACAUGAACAUGGACUUUCCUUACAAUGUUCCAGAGACUUUCACAGGGUUCAUGGAUGGUGUUUCACAAGCUCCUAUACAUUAUCAUAAUAACCCUGUACACAUUCAGCAUCAGGAAAAUGCAUACUGGUCUAUGAACAUGAGUUACUAUAAAUAUGGGCACUCCAGUCUUGAGAGUACUUCUUAUCAUUCUUAUGAGACUCCCAGCAACCAUGUAUCAAGACCAGAUCUCUCAGAGAGGCCUUGGGAGUAUGUUAUACCUAUGAAUGUUGAUGAAGGUGUAUCCACUGAUGUAAUAUACGAGGAAAAUGCAGUCCUCAGUGAGGAUGCUGGCACGGAGGAAUGUGUUCUAUCCAAUCAAGAUGAUUCUAACCAUCAGGAUAUUUUGGAAGAUGAUAUUGACCCUGACAACAUGACCUAUGAGGAGUUACUUGACUUAGGUGAAACUGUUGGAACUCAAAGUCGAGGACUUCCCGAGGAGCUUAUUAAUUUACUUCCAACAACCAAAUACAAGUCUAACGGAAUCUUUUCCAGGAAAAAGUCAGAAGAGAGAUGUGUCAUCUGUCAAAUGAGGUACAAACGAGGGGAUCAACAAAUAAAUUUUCCAUGCAAGCACAUAUACCACACUGAAUGUGGCUCCAAAUGGCUGAGCAUCAACAAGACAUGUCCCAUUUGCAACACAGAGGUACUCCUUGACGAAUGAAGUUAUAAACUAUCACUGGUGAAUAUAGUGUUUAAAUAGAGCGGAUUUGCUUCAAUGAUGUUUCAAUAUCUCCUUCCACUAGUCACUAACAUAGAGUAACAUCAAAGCUUGUAAUAGCUUUUCUUAGAUUAUGCUUAAAAACGCAGGAAAAAGAACGGUCAUUCGUUCACAAUCUUAUGUUUUUUUUUUUUUUUUUUUUUUACGGAAAGUCUGGAAUAUACAACUCUGAUCUUCUUCCCUUUUUUUUCUUUUUCUUUUUUGAGCCAUAUAUAACGAGCUUGAUUAAAUCCUA